AUGGAGAGAGACGGCAUAGAAGAAGGGCUAGAAUCAGCAACAAGCCCUCUACUUCUUCUUGGCGAAAAGAGCAUCGGUGAAAGCGACAAACCAACCAGCAAUCACUCCAUCACUCCUCUUCUUGUCUUCAGCACCUUUGUUGCUCUCUGUGGUUCCUUCAGCUAUGGAUGUUCUGUGGGUUAUUCAUCUCCAGCUGAAUCUGGAAUCAUGGAAGAUUUAGGCCUCUCUGUUGCAGCAUACUCAGUUUUUGGUUCGAUAGUGACCAUCGGAGGAAUGGUAGGUGCCAUCUUAAGUGGGAAGAUGGCAGAUCUCAAUGCUUGGUGUCUGGACAAUGGAAGAUUCUUAGUUGGAGUUGCAAUGGGGAUUCUUACUUAUGUGGUACCUAUAUAUAUUUCAGAAAUAACACCUAAGAACCUGAGGGGACGAUUUACUUCAGCUAAUCAGGUUAAACUCAUAACGUUCUUCGUAGGAAGUGUGUUGAGUUGGCGUGCCUUGUCUCUGAUAGCUACUAUUCCAAGCAUAGUGCAAAUUGUAUGUUUAUUCUUCAUUCCGGAGUCUCCAAGAUGGCUGGCAAAACUCGGUCGCGAAAAAGAGUUUGAAGCUGCAUUGCAACGUCUUAGGGGAAAGAAAUCAGAUAUUUCUGAAGAAGCAGAUGAUAUCAGAGAGGCUAUAGAAACCUUGAAACACACCUCGGCCGAAGCUAGAACUCUAGAGUUGUUCCAGAGGAGAUAUGCUUAUGCAAUUAUUGUUGGAGUAGGACUAAUAUUACUGCAAACAUUCGGAGGGAAUAGCGGGGUGUCAUAUUAUCUCGGUACAAUAUUUGCGAAAGCUAGUAAGUCCACAGCAAAUGAGAAAGUUCUAAUUGAAGAUAUAAGCAUACAUGUUUCAACCUCUAUCGGACCUAUAGUUUUCGCUCUUCUACAGAUUCCAACAUCUAUUGUAACUGUACUCUUAAUGGAUUUAUUCGGAAGACGGACACUUCUUAUGGCUUCCGCUGCCGCAUCGUGCUUAUGCUUGCUCCUCGUAGGGUUAUCUUUCUGCUUCCAGGAAUUCCACUAUCUGAAGGAGCUCACUCCAAUUUUGACAUUGGUUGGCAUACUGGGUUUCGGUAUCGGUUUUGCCUUAGGCAUGUCAGGAAUACCUUGGGUUAUAAUGGCAGAGAUUUUUCCUGUAAAUGUUAAGGCAUCAGCAGGAAGCCUUGUGGUUUUAACUAGUUGGGCUAGUUCUUGGGUUGUGACAUACACAUUUAACUUCAUGUUGGAAUGGAGUUCAGCUGGAACAUUUUUCAUCUUCAGUGGAAUGUGUGCUUUAACUAUUUUAUUCGUAUGGAGGUUGGUGCCAGAGACAAAGGGACGGACAUUGGAAGAAAUACAAUCAACAUUAAUCACUCCUUUCCCAGGACAAGACUCAUAG